UGUAUCUGAAUCCACAUAUCCACAAAACUCACAGGUUUCACAGAUUCCCACGUCCUUCUCUCCUCGGAAGAAGAUGAGGGCCGCGCAUAAAGGGCACACUCUCGAAAUCGACUCCGGUUUCGAUCAGCGUGGAUCGGUCCCGGUGGCAGACUCGCGCGCGCGAGGACGCGUCGCAGGCGAUCGCGGGCGAUCUACGGGAUCGCGAAUGUUGGGACCGCUCGGCGCGACUCUCGAGCGUGUGUGCGUAAUCGCAGCGAUAUAAGACGGCCGCGAUGCGGUUUCACGGAUGCAGGGAGAAGGGGGUUACAUCAGAGAAUACACGAAGAGUCCACGCUCGGCUUGGUUCGGUCGGUUGUUCACGAUGACGGCGGCGACGACGACGACGACAACGACGACGACGACGACGAUGACACGACGCGCGAGAACGCGCCGCGCCGAGGCAUCGCUUCGACUCUGCUUCGCUUCGCAAGUGCCGACGACGGGACCGACGAAUGGCUGUCCAGAUCCAGCUGGGUACCACGAUGAAGCUGGCCCGACUCGACGCGAGAGACCAUGGCGUGUAUGCACGAGGCAAGGCGGAUCCGACAGCACAAACCGGCACGAAGGAACGGCUUCGACGGCGCGGAGCGUGAGCGAGAGGGGCCCGACGGGGCCUAAUCUGACCGGAGGGGCUCCUAUACUCCCUUUGUGCUAA